GAAAAGAAAAAAAAUUUUUGAAACGAACGCACAAGAAAGUGAAAAUCCUUAAAAAGCGCGCUUGAAGGAAGCAUUUGGGCUGAGACGAUAAAAAAAAUACUAUUUAAAAAAUAAUCUUAAACAAAUUGCAAAUCGCUUUGCAUUACUCUAGCCCUAUCUCACUCGAGUUUUUUGUUUAUCGUUUUUGUUGUUAAAAGCGAAUCUAUUUCAAGAUGCCGAAACCAGUUGCAAGUCAAGAAGAUGAGGAUCCAACCCCAUACUUGUUUGUAUCGUUGGAACAAAGGCGUAUCGAUCAAUCGAAACCCUAUGACUCCAAGAAGAUGUGCUGGGUACCCGAUGAGAAGGAGGGUUAUCUUAUCGGUGAAAUUAAGGCUACCAAGGGAGACGUUGUCUCUGUUGGCUUGCCCGGUGGAGAGACAAAAGAUUUUAAAGCCGAUAAAGUGGAAAAAACGAAUCCACCAAAGUUCGAAAAAAUUGAAGAUAUGGCGGACAUGACUGUGUUGAAUACACCUUGUGUAUUGCACAAUUUACGACAACGUUACUAUGCCAAACUUAUUUACACCUACUCAGGUCUUUUCUGCGUUGCCAUCAAUCCUUACAAGCGCUACCCCGUAUAUACCAACCGUUGCGCUAAGAUGUACCGUGGUAAGCGCCGUAAUGAAGUGCCACCUCACAUUUUCGCCAUUUCUGAUGGUGCCUACGUCGACAUGUUGACCAACCACGUAAAUCAAUCUAUGUUGAUUACCGGUGAGUCUGGUGCUGGUAAGACAGAAAACACGAAGAAAGUAAUUGCGUACUUCGCCACUGUCGGCGCCUCAACCAAGAAGGAUGAAAGCCAAAAGAACAAGGGUUCCUUGGAAGAUCAAGUCGUACAAACUAACCCUGUACUUGAAGCUUUUGGUAACGCUAAGACCGUCCGUAACGAUAACUCUUCUCGUUUCGGUAAAUUCAUCCGUAUUCAUUUCGGCCCAUCUGGUAAACUUGCUGGUGCUGAUAUUGAAACUUACUUGUUGGAGAAGGCUCGUGUCAUCUCUCAACAAUCUUUGGAACGUUCUUACCACAUCUUCUACCAGAUCAUGUCUGGUUCCGUUGCCGGUGUAAAAGAAUACUGUUUGUUGUCCAAUAACGUCUACGAUUACCAUAUUGUCUCUCAGGGCAAGGUUACUGUUGCUAGUAUUGAUGAUGCUGAAGAAAUGGGUCUUACAGAUCAAGCCUUCGAUAUCUUGGGCUUCAGCAACGAAGAGAAGCAAAAUGUAUACAAAAUCACCGCCGCUGUCAUGCAUAUGGGUGGUAUGAAGUUCAAGCAACGUGGUCGCGAAGAACAGGCUGAACAAGAUGGUGAAGAGGAAGGUGGCCGUGUUGCCAAACUCUUCGGUUGUGAUACCGCUGAAUUGUACAAGAACUUGUUGAAACCACGUAUUAAGGUCGGUAACGAAUUCGUCACCCAAGGUCGUAACGUACAACAAGUCGUCAACUCCAUUGGUGCCCUUUGCAAGGGUGUCUUCGAUCGUCUCUUCAAAUGGCUCGUCAAAAAAUGUAACGAAACUUUGGAUACCAAACAAAAACGUCAACACUUCAUUGGUGUACUGGAUAUUGCUGGUUUUGAAAUUUUCGACUACAACGGUUUCGAACAAUUGUGUAUUAAUUUCACUAACGAAAAAUUGCAACAAUUCUUCAACCAUCACAUGUUCGUUUUGGAACAAGAAGAAUACCAACGUGAAGGCAUCGAAUGGACUUUCAUUGAUUUUGGCAUGGAUCUGCAAUUGUGUAUUGAUUUGAUUGAAAAGCCUAUGGGUAUCUUGUCCAUCCUUGAAGAAGAAUCUAUGUUCCCCAAGGCUACUGAUCAAACCUUCUCCGAAAAAUUGACCAACACUCACUUGGGCAAAUCUGCUCCAUUCCAAAAACCAAAACCACCAAAGCCCGGCCAACAAGCUGCUCACUUCGCUAUUGGCCAUUAUGCUGGUGUUGUCGCCUAUAACAUCACCGGUUGGUUAGAAAAGAACAAGGAUCCAUUGAACGACACUGUUGUCGAUCAAUUCAAGAAAUCUGCCAACAAAUUGUUGGUUGAAAUCUUCGCUGAUCAUCCAGGUCAAUCUGGUGGUGCUGAUCAAGCCAAGGGUGGUCGUGGUAAGAAGGGUGCUGGUUUCGCCACUGUAUCUUCAGGUUACAAAGAACAAUUGAACAGCUUGAUGACAACAUUGCGUUCCACACAACCUCACUUCGUACGUUGCAUCAUUCCCAACGAAAUGAAACAACCCGGUAUGGUUGAUGCUCACUUGGUUAUGCAUCAAUUGACUUGUAACGGUGUACUUGAAGGCAUCCGUAUUUGCCGUAAAGGUUUCCCCAACAGAAUGGUCUACGCUGAUUUCAAAUUGCGCUACAAGAUCAUGUGUCCUAAACUAUUGCACGGCAUAGAAAAAGACAAUAAGGCCACUGAUGUUAUCAUUAAAUUCAUUGAUUUGCCCGAUGACCAAUAUCGCUUGGGUUCAACCAAGGUCUUCUUCCGUGCCGGUGUCUUGGGUCAAAUGGAAGAAUUCCGUGAUGAACGUCUUGGUAAGAUUAUGUCAUGGAUGCAAGCCUGGGCUCGCGGUUACUUGUCCCGCAAGGGCUUCAAGAAAUUGCAACAACAACGCGUUGCAUUGAAGGUUGUACAACGCAACUUGCGCAAAUACUUGCAAUUGCGCACAUGGCCAUGGUACAAAUUGUGGCAAAAGGUCAAGCCCCUCCUCAACGUCACCCGUAUCGAGGAUGAGAUUGCUCGCCUUGAAGAGAAAGCUAAGAAGGCUGAAGAAGCUCAUGCUGCUGAAAUUAAAGUACGCAAGGAAUUGGAAGGCCUUAACGCUAAAUUGUUAGCAGAAAAGACUGCCCUUUUGGAAUCAUUGUCUGGUGAGAAGGGUCAACUUCAAGAUUUCCAAGAAAGGAACGCCAAGCUCACAGCACAAAAGAACGACCUCGAGAAUCAAUUACGUGAUAUCCAAGAACGUUUGACUCAAGAGGAAGAUGCCCGCAAUCAAUUGUUCCAACAGAAAAAGAAGGCGGAUCAAGAGAUUUCUGGCUUGAAGAAGGAUAUUGAAGAUUUGGAAUUGAAUGUCCAAAAGGCUGAACAAGAUAAGGCUACCAAGGACCAUCAAAUCCGCAAUUUGAAUGAUGAAAUCGCCCACCAAGAUGAACUCAUCAACAAAUUGAACAAAGAAAAGAAAAUGCAAGGCGAAACCAACCAAAAGACUGGUGAAGAGCUCCAAGCUGCCGAAGAUAAGAUUAACCAUUUGAAUAAGGUUAAGGCUAAGCUCGAACAAACCUUAGAUGAAUUGGAAGAUUCAUUGGAACGUGAGAAGAAAUUGCGCGGUGAUGUUGAGAAGGCUAAGCGCAAGGUUGAAGGUGACUUGAAGCUUACACAAGAAGCCGUUUCAGAUUUGGAACGCAACAAAAAGGAAUUGGAACAAACCAUCCAACGCAAAGACAAGGAAUUGUCAUCCCUCACCGCCAAAUUGGAAGAUGAACAAAUUGUUGUCGGCAAACACCAACGUCAAAUUAAGGAAUUGCAAGCCCGCAUCGAAGAAUUGGAAGAAGAAGUUGAAGCCGAACGUCAAGCUCGCGCCAAGGCUGAGAAACAACGUGCUGAUUUGGCUCGCGAAUUGGAAGAAUUGGGUGAACGUCUUGAAGAAGCCGGUGGUGCUACAUCUGCACAAAUUGAACUCAACAAGAAACGUGAAGCCGAACUCAGUAAAUUGCGUCGUGACUUGGAAGAAGCUAACAUUCAACAUGAAUCUACCUUGGCUAACUUGCGCAAGAAGCACAACGAUGCUGUCGCUGAAAUGGCCGAACAAGUUGAUCAACUCAACAAAUUGAAGGCUAAGGCUGAAAAGGAGAAGAACGAAUACUACGGCCAAUUAAACGACCUCCGCGCUGGUGUUGACCACAUUACAAACGAGAAGGCUGCCCAAGAAAAGAUUGCCAAGCAAUUGCAACACACACUUAAUGAAGUUCAAUCCAAAUUGGAUGAAACCAACAGAACCCUUAACGACUUUGAUGCCUCCAAGAAGAAGCUCUCCAUCGAAAACUCCGACCUCUUACGCCAACUUGAAGAAGCUGAAUCCCAAGUAUCACAAUUGUCCAAGAUCAAGAUCUCCCUCACCACACAACUCGAAGAUACCAAACGUUUGGCUGAUGAAGAAUCCCGCGAACGUGCUACUCUCUUGGGCAAAUUCCGCAACUUGGAACACGACUUGGACAACCUCCGUGAACAAGUUGAAGAAGAAGCUGAAGGCAAAGCUGACUUGCAACGUCAACUCAGCAAGGCUAACGCUGAAGCUCAAGUAUGGCGCAGCAAGUACGAAUCCGAUGGUGUUGCCCGCUCUGAAGAAUUAGAAGAAGCCAAGAGGAAGUUGCAAGCUCGUUUGGCUGAAGCUGAAGAAACAAUUGAAUCCCUCAACCAGAAAUGCAUUGGACUCGAAAAGACUAAACAACGCUUGUCUACUGAAGUUGAAGAUUUGCAAUUGGAAGUCGAUCGUGCCAACGCAAUUGCUAGCGCUGCCGAAAAGAAACAGAAGGCAUUCGACAAAAUUAUUGGAGAAUGGAAACUCAAGGUUGAUGAUUUGGCUGCUGAACUCGAUGCCUCACAAAAGGAAUGCCGCAACUACUCCACUGAAUUGUUCCGUCUUAAGGGUGCCUACGAAGAAGGACAAGAACAACUUGAAGCUGUCCGCCGUGAAAACAAGAACCUCGCUGAUGAAGUUAAGGAUCUCCUCGACCAAAUUGGUGAAGGUGGCCGCAACAUUCAUGAAAUUGAAAAGGCACGCAAACGCUUGGAAGCCGAAAAGGAUGAACUCCAAGCUGCUCUUGAAGAAGCUGAAGCUGCUUUGGAACAAGAAGAAAACAAGGUAUUGCGCGCUCAAUUGGAAUUGUCUCAAGUACGUCAAGAAAUCGAUCGUCGCAUCCAAGAGAAGGAAGAAGAAUUCGAAAACACCCGCAAGAACCACCAACGUGCCCUCGAUUCAAUGCAAGCCUCCCUUGAAGCUGAAGCCAAGGGUAAGGCUGAGGCCCUUCGCAUGAAGAAGAAGUUGGAAGCCGACAUCAACGAAUUGGAAAUUGCUUUGGAUCAUGCCAACAAGGCUAACGCCGAGGCCCAAAAGAACAUCAAACGCUACCAACAACAACUUAAAGAUAUCCAAACCGCACUUGAAGAAGAACAAAGAGCCCGUGAUGAUGCCCGUGAACAAUUGGGUAUUUCUGAACGUCGUGCUAACGCUCUCCAAAACGAACUCGAAGAAUCCCGCACCCUUCUUGAACAAGCCGAUCGUGGCCGUCGUCAAGCCGAACAAGAAUUGGCUGAUGCUCACGAACAACUCAAUGAAGUUUCCGCCCAAAAUGCUUCAAUCUCUGCUGCCAAGAGGAAAUUGGAAUCUGAACUGCAAACACUCCACUCUGAUUUGGAUGAAUUGUUGAACGAAGCCAAGAACUCCGAAGAAAAGGCCAAGAAGGCUAUGGUUGAUGCCGCCCGCCUUGCUGAUGAACUCCGCGCUGAACAAGAUCAUGCUCAAACACAAGAGAAACUCAGGAAGGCUCUUGAACAACAAAUCAAGGAAUUGCAAGUACGUUUGGAUGAAGCUGAAGCUAACGCACUUAAGGGUGGCAAGAAAGCAAUCCAAAAAUUGGAACAACGCGUACGGGAAUUGGAGAACGAAUUGGAUGGUGAACAAAGAAGACAUGCUGAUGCCCAAAAGAACCUCCGCAAAUCAGAACGCCGCAUUAAGGAAUUGAGCUUCCAAUCUGAAGAAGACCGCAAGAACCACGAACGCAUGCAAGACUUGGUUGACAAACUUCAACAAAAGAUCAAGACAUACAAGAGGCAAAUCGAAGAAGCUGAAGAAAUUGCUGCCCUCAACUUGGCUAAAUUCCGCAAAGCCCAACAAGAACUUGAAGAAGCUGAAGAACGUGCUGACUUGGCCGAGCAAGCCAUUAGCAAAUUCCGUGCCAAGGGACGUGCCGGUUCAGUUGGUCGUGGUGCCAGCCCAGCGCCCCGAGCGAUGUCCGUACGGCCACAAUUCGACGGAAUGGCUUUCCCACCAAGAUUCGACCUUAAUCCAGAAAACGAAUUCUAAAUGCCAUUUCAUUUUUUAAUUUAUUUAAAUAUUUCAUAAUUGUGUUAUUUUAAUUUUAUUUAAACUAUUUUUAAACUUUUUUGUUUUUAAAUUAAAUAAAAAAAACUUAUUUAAAUCGAACGACGGGAGGAAAAUGCACUUAGGCAAAAAUCUAAAAUCUAAAAUCUAAAAUCUAAAAAAAAUCUCUUAAACAAAAGAAACAUAAAAGCUAUUGUAAUACCAACUAACAACGACAUAAGCCUUAACGAGUAUGGAUGAAUUUAAUAAGUAAAUAAAUCAUCUGUCGACUUUUCGAUGUGCAGGAGGACAUUUUAGCUAAAAGGAUAUCUUAAAUGUAUUUAAUUUUUUUAUAGUUCAAACUAAGGACACAAAAUAGGAAAUCCAAAAAAAAAUUCGUAAAAAACAAAAAAGUUCAUUUAAAUGACAAAUGCCCCGUCAUAUGAGAAGAAAUGAAAAAUGUCAACAUCGAAAAUCAAAACAUGAAAUAAAUAAUGAAAUUCUAUAUA